ACAAUAUGAGACGCAAACGAGUUCUGCUUUGUCCUGCCAAGAUGGCUGACGUGCGCGUGAAAAAAACACCCAACAAUUUAUAUGAUUUGUGUUUGACUAGUUUAGUGAACUAUUUGCAAAAAUCUAAGUGCGAGAAAAAUGAUUUGCGAUCGCUGCCAGAUAGCAUCCUCAUGGAUGUUUACUUUAGGAUGCUGGAAGAGAAAAGACUCUGCAUCUUGGGCGCGGAGCUGUCCGAGCUGGAGAUAUUUGAGAGACUUUUGCGAUUCUCGGGCGCUCAAUUAAGAUUGCUCCAGUGUUUUCAGGCGGUGAUUGAGCAUGGAUCCAAGCUAUCAGCAGAAUUGUCGAGCGCGUACCUAGCGCGUUGUGAACAGAGCUCACGUGCGAGAAAUUCACUCAUACAUUUAGGAUUACGAUUAGGUGGAUUCCUUAAUGAAGCCGGCUGGUACGCGGACGCGCAGUGCGUGUUAGUACGGUGUAGGGACAUUUGCCUCGCCCAACCACAGACCACACAUUAUAAACGACUUACACUCGAGUGUUGCCAUAGGUUAUUAAAUACACAAUCAGUAUACUGCUGUUUCCCGGCUGCGGCCGAGACUUACAAAUUGGCGCUCAAACUCCUCGAUCUGCCGGAAGACACCACAGCACAGCUCCCAGAAGGUCCUAUUGCCAUUUCCGAAACCUGUUGCAAGGCCCUACAGACGGAUGGCGUUGAUAAUGAUAGGCUAGAGUACACAGAUGAAGAAUGUUGUACGGGCGGUGAGCGCGUGUGGGGCAUGUCGGCGUUACUCGCGCGCCUUUGCAAGGAGAUCAGCGCCCUCUUCUUCGUGCGAUGCGACUACAGCGCCGCAUAUGCGUGGGGCAUGAGGGCAUUGUCGCUUCUCACACCGGACACGCCUCCCAAGAUAACAAUAGAAGUCCUCCGUGCGUGUGGAACGGCCUGUGUGGUGAAGAGACGAUUCAGCUCAGCGGGUUUGCUCGUGAGACAGGCUGUUGCUCUCGCUAGACUCGUCUUUGGACCACAGCAUCCGAGAUAUGCGGCUGCCUUAUUGGAUUAUGGAUUCUAUCUGCUCAAUAUCGACUCUAUCACUCAUAGUGUGCAGGUUUACGAGGAAGCACUAUCAACUCUCCGAAGGGUGUUCGGUCGCAGUAGCCUGCACGUAGCCACGGCUCAGGAGGACUUAGCGUACGCCUUGUACGUCCUCGAGUACUCGUCGGGACGGUUUUAUAAGGCACGGGACCACGCCGAAAGGGCCAUUAGGAUUAUUGAGAAUCUAGUACCACCAGACCACUUGCUGUUGGCCUCAGCGAAGCGUGUCAAAGCUCUCAUAUUAGAGGAAAUAGCGUUGGAUACACCGGCAGGCCAGGAUAUGAGAGAACCGAGCCUUCUAGAGGAGUCGGAAGCGUUACACAAAGCAGCGUUAGAUUUGUCGAUGAUGGCGUUUGGUGAGAAAAACGUGCAAACAGCCAAACAUUAUGGAAACCUCGGACGACUGUAUCAGUCUAUGCAAAAGUUUCAGGAUGCAGAGACAAUGCACCUCAAAGCGAUAGCAAUAAAAGAAGAAUUACUUGGAGCAGAAGAUUAUGAAGUGGGCCUGAGUGUGGGACACCUCGCUUCACUCUACAAUUACCACAUGAACCAACACACGGCCGCUGAGAAAUUGUAUCUGCGCUCGAUUAAUAUUAGCCUGAAGCUGUUCGGCGAGCGCUACUCGGGGCUGGAGUACGACUACCGCGGCCUCGUGCACGUGUUCACGCAGCUGAAGAGGCACGACCGCGCACAUCACUACAACGGGCUGCUGCAGCACUGGCACGAUCUCCGCGAACAAUCUAAAGCCGAACAGCAGCCCGCGAUAGGUGAUGAGAAAGUGAUUCCUCUCGAAGAGCUGCAAGAGAAGUUCUUCAGCACACGCUGAACAACACAAUUGCUACAAUUUGCACGGCUUUGCUUCCAUCUUCCAACUCGAAGGGUUGUCUUCCCGCCUUGAGAACUUUUGAAAUUCCCGUUUGAGACGAUAACGUCUUAAGCGGGAUUGUGUUUAUUCGCGUUUAGGAAAACUUCAUUUUUGAACUGAAAAUGUACGCUAUUUAUUGGCAAUUAUUCUUGUUUAAACUAGUAACAAAUAAUUAUAAUUAAAAAUCAUUAUAAAUAUGUCUUUUUAUAGGACGAAGUAUAUUUCUGUUUGAACGCGAUAUAUUAAAGUACUCCACAUAUUUGAAUGUGAUUUGCAAAUGUCGCAAAUGCAAAGCUGGAGCAAGUAUAGGUAUUGUCGAAUGAGAAAGUGAAUGUAUAUUACAUAUUAAUGCUUGGUAUCAAAAUUAGUAGAAUGUAAGUAUUGGUGAUUUUUACUGCCAUUUUCAGAGGCUUCGAGUAGAAGAAACUUCUAGUUUAUUAAUUAAUAAGUUAGUUAAUUUCUUUUAUAGAAAAUAUUUCGUUGAUUUCUCUUUUACUUUCUAUUUGAGUUUUGCUUUUAUAUUGAUAUUGUGAACCGGUUCUUUUUCCGGAAUUGAACCCGCAGGGUUUGUGUGUUAACUCAAUGGUAUCACCAUUUCUUCCAAUCAUUAUUCACCUUCCAACAAUUAUCUCCAAUUUUUCCUCCAAUCCUUGGUGCUUAUUUUGCAUUCUCUCACUCCGCUGGCUCUUGGCCUCCGGAAUGAGCAACUUCCAGCGCUCCCUGCCCUGUGCCUAUUGUUAUUAACUUAAUUCGACAUAGUAUGGUCUUUUAUUGACAUAACUUUUAGACAUAGAAAAACACUUAU